AUGGCUUUCAACAAUUUCAGUUCCAACUGGGUUUACAACUUCCCAUCUCAAGGAAGGUCUUUUAUUCCAAGAUCAUAUCCCAAUGAUGAUGUAACUUCUUUUGGACAAUAUCCCUAUUCUUGCAGGACGGAUCAUGGACAAGGACAAACCAAUAAUUCUUUUUCCAAUGGGUUUGGACAACGUCCUUAUGGACAAACCAAUAAUUCUUUUUCCAAUGGGUUUGGACAACGACAAACCAAUAAUUCUUUCUCCAAUGGGUUUGGACAACGUCCUUAUGGACAAACGAGCAAUUCUUUCUCCAAUGGGUAUGGACAACGCCCUUAUGGACAAACCAAUAAUUCUUUUUCAAAUGGGUAUGGACAACGCCCUUAUGGACAAACCAAUAAUUCUUUUUCAAAUGGGUUUGGACAACGACAAACCAAUAAUUCUUUCUCAAAUGGGUUUGGACAACGACAAACCAAUAAUUCUUUCUCCAAUGGGUUUGGACAACCUCCUUAUGGACAAACCAAUAAUUCUUUUUCUAAUGGGUUUGGACAACCUCCUUAUGGACAAGCAAAUAAUUCUUUCUCCAAUGGGUUUGGACAACCUCCUUAUGGACAGACAAAUACUUUUUUUCCCAAUGGGUUUGGACAAGCCAAUAAUUCUUUUUACGAUUGGUAUCCUUACUGGCAAGCCAAUCCUUCUUUUAACGAAUGGUAUGGACAAACCAAUAACUCUUUUUCCAAUGCGUUUGGACAAGCCAAUAACGAACCAACUUUUUUUGGUGAUUUGAUUGGACAACAAGAGUCAAAUGCUUUUAGAGAUCUAAAAGAAAUUGAAUACGAAUUGACUCGAUCGUUUGCUGUCGAACCGACUGUCUUUGACGACGAAUCACCCGGGAUUGAUUUGUAUUUUCCUGCAGGAGGAGUGGGGGCCGUCGUUCAGCCAGGAGAACAAAUCAAAAUUAAUACACACGUCAUUUUCAAAUUACCUAAAGGAACGGUUGGCAUCAUUAUGGACAAGUCAUCGGUGGUGACACGUAAACAAUUAAAAGUCGAAGCGGGAUUGAUUGAUACUGGCUAUCGCGGUGAAAUUGUGGUUGUAUUGCGCAACAUGUCACGAGAUGUUGUUGAAAUUUCACCCGGUGAAGCCAUUGCUCAAAUGUUGCUGCAAGAGACGUGCAAAAGUAAGUUGACCAAAGUCAUCAAGGUUGAUGCCAACACGCAUCGGGGAACGCGAGGUUUUGGUGAAAGGCAAAGAGUGGACCGUCGUGACCAUUGUAAAAUUUUAUAA